CCCUAAAUGCUUUCCAACGACAUCAUAAGGUUUGACCCAUAUCAACAAGACACCCCGACGAGCCCGAUAAGUAUCUUGGUGGAUGUCUUCAUAGCCGAGAACAUGACGUCUUUCAAACACAUGACAACUUUCCCUCGCUCUUAUUGCUUCCUCUCGCACGAAAGGCCAUGUGGGCACCGUGUCGAUUCUCUAUGAACACUGCAGAGAAUUCACAAGGGAUUGAGCUUUUAAGACGAAAAACACAAAUCAAUCGAUGAAUUGAUAGGAUUGCCGUCCCCGGACCCUCACGUCCCAUAUCUCACGGCACCACUAUAAGCUUAAUAUCCUAAGCUCUGGUCGUCUGGCCUUCACUAAGACAUACUAGUCGUUGAUCCUCCGGGAGAGAAACAUCCCGAACGCCUCUAGUUACAUGCGAGACACUGUGAGACACGACGGGUAGGAUUUGAGACGAACACGACGAUCGAAAUCUUACACAAACGAACGAAUUCUUGUCUCGAUAUGGCUUGAUUGUUUCGAAGAUCGGAUGAAUAAUUGAAUAGUCUUGACACAAGAUACACAAGUACCUAGAGACUUGGGACGAAUUUUGUGCCUGCGGAAAAUCCGGAGAACCUUCGAAACAAACCAUCAAAGCCGCGACAUUGAAUCAGACGCAGGAAACUCAUUGCGCAUUAUCUAUCAUCGUCACAACUAGAAAUCCUCUACAGAAUGCUCUGUACAAACAGACCCGAGGGCUUCGGCCCAGCCUCCCACCUCAAUUCCUCAACCCUCCCCACAACUUGUUUCACAGACGUUAUCCUCAUUCCCCUUCCAACUUGGCUCGCUCUCGCCUUCGUACCUAUCCUCUUUGCUCUAGGGCUACACCACCGCAAAAUCAACUAUAACCCCUCCACCGCACACUUGCGCUCCAAUACCCGCUCCUCAUGUCUCUACCUCAUCUUCCUUAUCAUUUACUACUUCCUCAUUUUUGCAAACAUCGCCAUGCUUACUCUGGAAAUCGUGCGGUUGACUAACCUUCACUAUGGCAUUGGUUUAUUGCCAUUCGCCUAUGCCGGAAUCCUUCUCUCGGCUGCUUUGUUUUGGAGUGAAGGAAUACAACGACGUGUGAGGUGGUGGCAGGGAAUAAAUAUGUUGAUUUGGACAGGAGGAAUUGUCAUGAGUGCUGUGCAGGUUAUUGGAUUGAAACAACAAUAUGGCUACGAUGGGAGAAAGGAGAGCAAAUAUCCAGUUAGCGACCAGAUUCUUGACGUAGCUGUCAUGGCGGGUGUAUAUGCCGUUAUUGCGCUACUGGAGGUGGUGCUGGUAGUAUGGAGGAGGAAGAGAAGAACAUCGGCCUUGAGGUCGGAGAGAGGAGAAAUGGGUGCGUUUGAAUAUGGGAGAGGUGUAAGUGAGAGCUCUGGCAUGAAGGAGUAGAUUAUUGUUUCAGACCUGGAGACAUCUUUAUGGUGAUCUUAUACUUGUACUUCCUGCAAUUGAUAUGAUUGGUUUGGCGCGUUGGAAUGAAUACAUUGGGACUAUUCUAUUGGAAUAUGGUCAUGGUAUACCCUGGGUACUUUACUUUUCACAAACUGUUAGGAAAAAUGUAAAUACGCCUCGUAUCU